AUGGCAGAGGGUUAUCUUGCAAUAGAUAUAUCAAACUUAGAUUAUAGAGUUAGGCGUUUAGAACGAACAUUAGAACGCAAGUUGAUGCGAAGAGAGCAAGACCCAUUUGAUUUAACGAAUGAAGAGUUUAUUGAAUUAUACCGCAUAAACCUACAACUUGCAGCAGACCUGAUUGACACUUUACAGCCUAGUUUACAACGUGUGAGGGACAGUGGACUCUCAGUCCAAACACAGGUAUUAACAGCUGUGAGAUAUUAUGCCAUCGGUUGUUAUCAACGUCCAGUAGGAGACCAGUGGGGUAUCUCAUUAAGUCAGUCAUCAGUGAGCCGGUGCAUUCAUGAUGUCAAAAAUGCUAUCAAUGAACGAUUACUAAGGCCAUGGGUACAAUUUCCCAUGACUCCGGAAGACUGGAAACGAGCAGCAUCACAAUUUGCCACCGCACUUCAACCAUUUCAAGGAGCUAUUGGAGCAAUUGAUUGCACUCAUGUCGCAUUGCUUGGGCCCAGAGAACAUGAGGAGGCAUGUGUUAAUCACCAUGGAUAUCACUCACUCAAUGUGCAGGCGGUAUGA